UUGUUAUUCUCAUUGUAUUAGUACAGUAAGUGUUGAUUCAAAUCACUAUGUCUUGAUUUACUUUUCUGAAUUUUUGCAAUGUCCAUAAUUUCUCAGUCUUUUCCCUCGUUAGUAUUAUCAGCGCAUUUUCUCUUUACUUUCUCGUGUCAUUAACCUCAGCCCCACUUGAAAUUUUUACCUUCAUGGAAAAUUCGUCGAUUCGUGUUACAAAAUAACUGGCUGAUCUUUGGUAAUGCAAUGUUGCAGCUGCACGCCAUCGAUCCCCGUUCACCAGCCUCCGCCAGGCUACCAAAUCCAUCCUGCCGUUUUCUGUUUAGACCUCGAGCUGGGCCCCCGUCUAGGUGGCCGGCCCAAAACCAUCUUCCAUCUGUUCUACGACGCCAUCACCAAAUGCGCCCAGUUCCCAGAUCCCCGCUGCUCCCCCGUGGUGCCCCUCAUCCGCCAGACCAACUGGAUCCUCCUCAACUGGAAAUCACUGGCGUCCUGUGAACAGAUUCUCAUAUCCGAUGAUUUUCAGCAGAGUCUGGCCAAGACAACGGACUGUGUGAUCGUCGUGGCGGAGGGUGUGGCUUACGUGACGGAUACGGUGCGACAUGCGGUGCGGGCGUUCUUGCGACACAAAUUUAUGGAACAUAAACCAGUGCUCUUCCUGUUCGCUAACCGCAUGGUGGAAACGCUGAGCCCGAGAUUUCGCCAAAAGGUCGAUGAAUCAUUGAAGGACCUGGCCGUCGAUGUGAUACUUGGCGAAUCGCGGCAGAACAGCGGUUUAGUGAUGGCCAAAGGAUGUCGCAUGAUGACCGUGGUGACAGUUGACAAAGAUGUUCAAGAUGCGAUCCGAAGAUUAUGGAUGCUCUCAGGAACAUCCGGGCCAAAGACGGUUGAGCCUUGUCACUGCUCGCUGGAGUGGGACUCUCCAUCGCCACACCGGAUACCAAAGGUCACGCGGAAACGCGGCAAAACCUUUAGAAAAGUGAGAUCGGCGGAGUUUGUGCAGGACGGACUGUACCCGAAUUUGCACUCGGUGUCCUUGAGCGAUGUAGCGCUGAAACUGGCGGAAAUUCAUCAUCCGGAGUUUUCCGAGAGUGUCUCAUUCCGGAAUGUGUUAUUGCUGCCGGCAAACGGUGAGAAAACCGACGCGAACCGAUACUGUGCCAGUUUGCAGGCGACACAAGACGAUUUGCGGAAGGUCAUAAGGAAGAAUGUUGCCUUGCAAGAAUAUUUGUGUAUAAAAGAGAAGGAACUGGAAAUGCUGAGAGCAGAUUGCGAGGCAAAGUGGAACGAUAUGAAAGGGGCAUUUCCACCAGCUGUACUGCAGAAAAUUGUGCACACGCUAAAAGCGCCGAGUGUUGUAGCAUAGUUUGUCUCUGUAAAUUGUAAAACUAAAUUUCUCGCGACAGAGGUGACGUAAUAUUAUAUCAAUAUGACUGUUAUAAAGUAUAAUAUAUCUAUAA